AUGUCGGUUGUGAACAGAUAUCGCAGAACGCUCCCCGGACCAGACUUGUUGCACGAGCUUAUUGCAGAGCCAGACGACGAUACAAUCGCAGUCGAAUUCAUCCUUGCGGACCAGUCUCUCUAUACUCUCACGUAUGGCGCCUUCCGCUCUCUCAGUGAUGGCUUGGCGGACCAAAUCAGAGACGCCAUCUCGGCGCCUGGGAGGUCACAUAUCAUCCCGGCCAUUAUCCCCCAGUGCCCGGAGCUGUACAUUGCUUGGCGAGCCGUGUUACAAGCUGGAGCGUGCUUCUGUCCGGUGAGCCCAGACGUGCCACCAGAGCGUCUCAACUUCAUUCUUAACGAUGUCUCCGCGGAUCUAGUCCUCUGCAUUCAGGAGACUUCCGACCUGAUCCAGAGCAGUGUCAGAGGCCUCUCCUGCCUCUCUGUAGUAUUAGAGGACCUGGAGAGCACUGAAAGUCAUGGGAGGAGGCUUCGACGGACGUCUACCAUCGAUUCUCGGAGCCCUGCCUACAUCAUGUAUACUUCAGGGUCAACAGGACUGCCGAAAGGCGUCCAAAUCUCCCAUUCUGCAGCAACUCAAUCGUUGCUUGCCCACGACGAGCAUAUUCCGACGUUCAAACGCUUUCUUCAAUUCGCCUCGCCCACCUUUGACGUGUCGGUUUUCGAAAUCUUUUUCCCCCUCUUUCGAGGCGCAACACUAGUCAGCAGGUUGAGAGAGCAUAUGCUCGCCGAUUUACCGGGCACCAUCACCAUGCUGAAAGCAGAUGCCGCAGAGCUGACCCCGACUGUUGCUGGAACACUUCUACGCACACGAGAUGCCGCUCCAUGCCUCAAAAUCCUUUUAACCACUGGCGAGAUGCUUACGAGAUCUGUCGUGGCAGAGUUUGGAGGUAAUCAGGACAAACAUAGCAUGUUGUACGCCAUGUACGGGCCAACAGAAGCAACUAUUCACUGUACAGUGGCUCCGAAAGUCUCAUCUUCGUCUACCGUUCGCAACAUUGGACGGCCGCUGUCCACCGUCACGGCAUUUAUUUUGAAGGACACAGGUUCUCAAAAUGCCGAAAUUGCGCCUGUUGGUCAGGCCGGCGAAUUAGCCAUCGCAGGCCAGCUCGCAGACGGGUACCUAAAUCGUCAAGACCAGACUGAGGCUGCCUUUGUGCGGCUCAGCGGCCACGGCAGGGUAUACCGUACCGGCGACCGAGCGAUUUGUGCCUCGGAUGGUACCCUUGAAGUCCUAGGUAGAAUGAACGCUGGCCAGGUUAAGCUCAGAGGCCAGAGAGUUGAGCUGGGUGAAAUCGAGGAAAUUGCCCUCAAAACGCCUGGAGUGGUUCAGGCCGUGGCGACUGACAUCGAAGAUACUCUAAUAUUGUUCUGUGCAGCGGGCACAGAAACCGAAACUCAACACAUACAGGCCACCUGCAAGUCCUGGCUGCCCCCUUUCAUGCGUCCAAGUGAAAUAAUCUUAAUGGGCCAAGAUCUACCAAAACUGCCCUCUGGUAAGGUCGACAGAAAGGCGCUUGAAGCGGAUUUUCGAGGCCGCGAGCAGACGGUCACCGCGAUGCAAGACCUCACCACCUCGACCGAGCGAAUGAUUGCUUCGGCUCUGGCGCAGGAGCUCCCUAGGCCGGUCGACCGCGACGAGGACUUAUGGGCCUGUGGAAUGGACUCGCUGCGCGCAAUCAGGAUCGCCUCAGCACUGCGCCUAAAGGUCCCAAGCCUCUCCAUAGGCAUGAUCCUGACUUCUAGUACCAUUGUUGAACUUGCUACAAAGAUCGAUAGCAGCAAUGGCUCGUCGCAGAACGGCCACUCAACAAGCUUGUAUGAAGACAGUGAUGCGUGGGAAGCAACUGAGCACUCCGUUCGCGAGUACCUCCCUACCGAAACACGAGCUCAGCUAGAUGAGGUCCUCCCAUGCACACCCAUCCAGGUUGCAAUGCUGGCGGAAACUGUGGCGGAUAAGACUUUGAACUUCAAUACGAUCUUGUUACAAAGACGAGGGGUGUCCGAAGCAGCAGUAUGGAGUGCACUUUGCACAUUAGCGAGAUCCACGAGAUUGCUCAGGUCAGGCUUUGUCGCAACCCAUGACGAGGCGAUGCCGUUCGUGCGCGUUGUCUGGAAGAAGCUGGAUAGAAACGAACUAAGUAUGUUGAAUCCCCUACAGCUCGCUCCAAAUCCGCAUGAUCCGAACCAGACGGUCGUCCGUAUCCACCAUGCUUUGUACGAUGGCUGGUCGUGGGACCUCAUACUUGAUGACCUCAACUCAAUACUGGAAAAAGCCAAACCCCCUGAGCGAACCCCCUUCGACAAAGUCAGCCGUGCCUUGCGAAACCAUUCGGACAUGGCAACACACAAUCCAGCCAUGCGAUAUUGGACAUCACUGCUGAAGGACACUGAGCAUCAAGCAUUUCCGUCCCUCGUUUCGACGCGUCCCAAAAACUCAUCGAGGUAUUCCCAUCGCCACCGGCUCAAUCUCAGCUUCGCGAAUCUUUCAGCCCAAGCCACCAGCCUACGUAUUGGCCGUCAGGCCUUCCUCCAAGCAUGCUGGGCAGUUGUCUUGUCCGCCUACACGGACUCGGAAGAGGUUCUCUUUGGGACGGUUGUCUCCGGCCGUCACGCAGUGAUUGAAGGGAUCGAGGAAGUUAUUGGACCAUGUCUGGCAACUGUGCCUACAAGGCUGAGGCUUGGCAGGGUGAAAACCAUCCGGGACCUACUCAACUAUAUCCAGCGGCAGAAUCUGGAUAGCCUCGAAUAUUACGACACUCCUCUUCACGACAUCCGAAAAGCGGCAGGAGUCAACAGCAGACGAAAGCUUUUUGAUUCUAUCGUCGUCUGGCAAGAGAGUUCCGUUCGCGGCGGUUACCGUCGUAGGUACGUCGAGACGGCCGACGGUUAUGAUGCCCUUGAUUACACUGCUGUCGUCGAAAUGGAACCGACUGACGAGGAACUGCUACUAAAGAUUACUGCGAACGACCUGCUCAUCCCCAAGCAGCAGGCUCAGGCCAUGGCAGACCAGAUCGACAUUCUGCUCAACGCGAUCGCUGGGGAACCGCAACGAGCUCUGACCGAUGUAUGGGCAUCACUACCCAAGCGUCUGCUAUCGGUGGCAAACCCUCGAUUUGAGGCCUACUCCGGGAGGCUCGACAUCGCACAUGAUUUGGGCCAGUUCGCCACAGAAGCCCCAAACCGCAUCGCCAUCAAGUUUGUGAACGAAUAUGACCCUGUGACACGAGAACAGUCAUGUACGCAAGUCUCAUAUCGUGAGCUCCAUCAAAGGGCAAACAAUGCACAAUACAGGCUGACGGCGCACAACGUUGGUCCAGAUGACCUUGUUUGCAUCUACGCUCCUAAAUCUAUCGACCUAUACGUUGCCAUAUUGUCUGUGGUCAUGAGCGGCGCAGGCUACAUGUGUAUCGAUCCACGCACACCUUCUGAUCGAGUCAGGCACAUCUUGCGGCAAGCCAAGUGCGCAUUGGUCGUGGCGGAUAGCCAAGAGAGACUUGUGGCUGUUGAGAGCAAUUCUGUUUUGUUAGAACACUUGCUGGAGCCGAUCGGCCGGACUGAUAUCAGACUUCCUCUAGAGGCCAGAGGAAGCCACCUCGCAUAUGCGGUCUUCACUUCAGGUACCACUGGGACGCCGAAAGGCGUACUGAUGACCAGGAGGAACCUCGGCAGUCACCUUGCACACCUCUCAUCGAUAUACCCACAUAAUGGGUCCGGAGACUCACUUCUCCAGGCGUGCUCUCCAGCGUUUGACGUUUCGGUAUUCGAGAUUUUCUGGACUUUACAUGUGGGCAUGACAUUAAUUGCUGCUCAUAACGAUAUUCUCUUUCGUGAUAUCGAACAAUUCAUUCAUCACUUUGAUGUCACGCAUCUGAGCAUGACGCCGUCUGUGGCUGCGCUCGUUCAACCGUCUAAGGUGCCGAAAGUCAAGAUGCUGGUCACUGCUGGAGAGCCGAUGAACUCUAGAGUCUUCCAGCAAUGGACCGGACGCGGCCUGUAUCAAGGAUACGGUCCCAGUGAAACCACGAAUAUCUGCAACGUACGACCUGAGGUGCAAUCUUACCAUGCCUCGAAUAAUGUGGGCCCUGUGUUCCCGAACACGUCUGCUUUCGUUUGCCGAAGACUGCAUUCAGAUCAAAUGUUACGAAACUCGCCGCUGAACUUGAAUGACUUCCAGCUCGUGCCUCAGGGUGUAAGUGGAGAGAUCUGGAUCGGAGGUGAUCAAGUUGGCCGUGGCUACGUUGAUCCGCUUCUUACCCAGCAAGCAUUUCUUGACCAUCCAGAAUACGGCUGGUUAUAUCGAUCUGGCGACAUUGGUAGAGUUCUGUCGGACGGCAGCUUCACUAUACUCGGCCGCGAGGACGACCAGGCCAAGCUCAGGGGUCAGAGAAUUGAGCUUGGGGAGGUCAGCUCUCACUUGCUAAGUGCUGGGUAUGUGCAAGAUGCCGUUGGUUUCAUUGACACAGUGCAGGAUGUCGCUCGCCUGUUGGCAUUCGUCGUCUUGGAUGAUGCGAGCCGAAAGCGAGAAGCAGUACUCGGGCUCUUUCAUCGGCUUGAAGAUCGUCUGCCUUCGUACAUGAUACCUACCGCAAUCGUUCCGGUCUCGAACAUCCCCCUCACUCGGCAAGGCAAGGUCGACAAAGCCCAGCUGCGAAGAGUUUUUAUGAACCUCCCGAGAGAAGAAUUGGAGUGUUCCUGGCGGCAGGCGCUUCACGAUACGCAGAAGCAGCCUCUGAAGGGAUCUUCGCUUGCAAUUGCCCGUGCACUAUCGGAAACCUUAGGCAUCGCAGCGAGUGUCGUUGAGGGAGGUACCUCAUUCUAUGAGCUAGGGCUUGAUUCGCUCAGCGCUAUUCGCUUCACUCAACAACUGCGAAGACAGGGUCUGCCACAAGUUGAUGUCUCCACCAUAUUGCAGAAUCCGUCUAUAAGCUCGCUACUUCGCACAAUUGAAAGCAAGAACGAGUCUAUUGGCAUACAAAGGCGAAACGGUCUGCACAAGGCUUCCUUCAACCUGAAUCUUCAUUCUGACUUUGAUCACCCGUUCAGAAAAGCCGGACUCCAAGUUGAGAAAGUGCUUGCCUGCACUGAUUUGCAGCUCUCAAUGUUGUCAGCCACGGAAGAUGGGCAUGUUGGUGCGUACCGUAACAAACUUCCCUUCAGAGUGAAGGGCAAUGUCAAGAGGCUUGAAGCAGCGUGGGAAAAAGUGCUCAAUCGGCAACAGCUGCUGCGCACAGUCUUCGUACGCUCCAACGACCCUGAGAUGCCUUAUGUGCAAGUUGUCUUGGGUGGUGUUCAGCUACCGUGGACUGUAAAAGGCAGAAGCCCGGGAAGUGCCGCCCGAGAUACCAAUCCCCUGCGCAAAUGGUAUGAUUUGAAGCUUGCGGCACAGGGCAACACCUGCUAUCUGACUUUUGAGAUUCAUCACGCUCUAUACGACGCAGUUGCUAUGGAUACUCUUCUUAGAGAGGUCCUUGCAGCCUAUUCAGAAUCUACCCUUGGUACUCCUGUGCCUUUUGACAACUAUCUGGAGUAUGCCGAGAGUCUAAACCAGAGAGGUGUUGGAGAUUUCUGGAUGGCCCGGCUUCGCAAUGUGAAGACCUGCAGACUGAAGUCAAUCAUAGAAGACUCGGCGCAACUCAUGGAUGGGUCUGUUCGCAAAGCGAAGCAACAAUCAGUCGUGAAGUUGGCCGAUUUGGAGGGGUUCGUCAAACAGCAUUCAGUGACGAUGCUCUCCUGCCUUCAAGCCGCCACCAGCAAAGUACUCAUGAGGUGUUUUGAAUCGCCACAAGUCUGUUUCGGCAACGUCUACAGUGGCAGAAACCUCCCUAUCGAAGGUAUGGAUCAGAUAGUAGGUCCCUGCUUCAACACCUUGCCAGUUCCAGUCCGCGUGGAAUGGAACACGUCUACUGCCAGAAUGCUGCAUGAUCUCCAGAAGUUCAAUGUGGACGUGCUACCGUUUCAGCCAAGCUCACUGCGACGGCUUCAGAAGCAGUACAGCGCGGAUGGUCAGUCACUGUUUGACUUCCUGCUGCUGCUUCAGGCGCAAGACCAAGAAAUUGACAACGAUAUAUGGCAGCUGGAAGAAGAGCAGGGCGACAUGGUGUUUCCUUUCAUACUCGAAGUAUCGAUGAAAGCCGAGAAGCAUGAUUAUUUGCAACUUGUACUUCAUUCAACGGUUGCUGUGGAAGAGGUCUUACAUCUGAUACUCCAAGAUUUCGACAAUGAGUUGCUCGAUACGAUUCGCUAUCCGGAGCGGGCAGCUUACUCUCCAUCAUCUUCGUCUUUAGCAGGCUUCCUCAAACCUGCUUCUGUGCCGUCGAACGGCGUUGUCAAUGGCUCUUCUGAAGACACGGAGCAGAUAUACAAUGUCCCUUCUCUGGAGAUGGAGAGCGUAAACCACCUGCUGAAGGAGAUGAGCCCGCUCAAGAAUCGACAGAUAUUACCAAGUACUACCAUCUUCCAGCUUGGUCUCGACAGUAUCAAUGCUGUUCAGUUGGCAGCAGGACUCCGGAACCAGGGAUAUCAAAUAACUUCUACAGAGAUCCUUCAGGGUCCGACUUUGGUGGAGAUAGCAACCAAAUGUUCUAGAAGCCGUUCUAAAGCUGACGAGGAUAACCGUUAUGAUCUUUUCGAUACGAAGGCUUUUGAUGCAGCACAUAGACAGGCAAUAUGUUCACGACUGUCCUUGCGCGAGGACUCUGUUGCUGCCAUUUUACCUUGCACACCCUUGCAGGGCGCCAUGUUGUCUCAGUAUUUGCAGUCAGCUGGAGCACUGUACUACAACACACUUACCCUUAAGCUGCAUCGAAGCCUGUCAAAGGAGAAGCUUAGAUCUGCCUGGCAAAUCGCAAUGGAAUGUCAUGAAAUGCUUAGAGCGGGCUUUGUCGACGGCUCGGGCAAACAGGCUUUUCUCAUGGUUGUCUAUCGUGCAGCGACAGCUGCCUUGCCGUGGCACGAGAUCAAAGAUAUGUCUGGCCCGUCCGAAACGAGGGGCGAACUUGCAGCGUCGAUGUUCCGUCCACCCUGGCGUCUCGACUACGACGAGGACGAUCACCAACUGAAGUUCACCAUUCUUCAUGCGCUCUACGAUGCUCAGUCGCUGGACAUGAUAUUGGCAGAUGUUGCGAAUAUAGUUCUCAACCAGACCGUUGCGCACACCGUCCCCGUGCCACCGACGCUAUCAACCAUCCUAUCAAUGGGAGAACAAGAGAGCUCGAAGGCGAUCUGGACCAGAGAAGAGAACAUGAUGCAGCCGACCAAGUUCCCGGAUUUGAAUAUCUACAAUGUUGUAGACAGCCACUUUGACGUUUCUGAAAGAUGUAUGGCCAUGCGCCUGACGGCAGCAACUCAAUGCUGUGCGCAUCUUGGCGUCACCUUGCAAGCCGCCUGCCAAGUCGCAUGGGCCCAACUACUGUCUGCUUACACUGCACAGGAGAGGGUCACCUUUGGAAUUAUUCUAUCUGGCCGGACAUUUGGCGACUCACGUGAUGCAGCGGCUUUUCCCUGCAUCAAUACGCUUCCCUUCACUACUUCACUUCGAGGGAGCACUAAAGAGCUUCUGAUCUCCGCGUCAAGUAUAAAUUCGAGUCUCCUCGAACAUCAACAUACGCCGCUCACAUCUAUCAGAAGAUGGCAAGGCUUAGAGGAAGAGCCUUUUAACACUAUCUUGGUUCUUCAAAAGUAUGACUCUCGGGUCACGGAAGAUGCUCCCUGGGAAGUGAUUGAUGAAACUGCAAGGGCCGAGUAUGGCGUGUCACUCGAAAUCCUGCCGGAUACUAAGCAGGAUAGCUUGAAACUCCGAAUGACUUUCUCGGAGAGCCUCUUGCCCAAUCUUGCGUCGCAUAUUGUGCUCCGUCAGUUUGAAGAGCAAUUGUCAUCUGUUCUGCACCAGGAAGAGCAUUCAACUGUCAACCGGAACCCUGAGCUCUUGUCAAUACUAUCACCUGUUGAGGACCACCUUGUGGCCGAAGUUGACUUACUGCACGAGCUCGUGGAGAGUUCCGCUUCACGCCAGCCGGACUCCCAAGCCCUGGAGCUGAUCACGGGGUUUGACAACACCCAACCUGUCCGGCAGACAUGGACCUACCGCCAACUAGACAAGGCAGGCAAUCGCAUUGCGAAUCUACUUCUCUCACUUGGGGCGCAGACAGGUGACCUGAUAGCAACGUGCUUUGACAAAUGUGCUGAGGCUUCCUUCGCAAUUUUGGGUGUACUCAAAGCUGGUUGUGCAUAUGUUGCGAUUGAUCCAGGAGCUCCCUUUGACAGGAAAAGCUUCAUCCUCGGUGACGCUGGGUGCAAGUUCUUGCUGACUACGAAAGCCACUGCCGCUACCCUCGAGACCAAGAAUGGAGUGCAAUAUUUGAUCGUGGACGAUAAGAAGACGCUCGAAGGCGUACCAGAGCAGAAACCAAGUCUGAAGAGAAAGCCCACACCACAAAACACUUGCUAUUGUCUGUAUACAUCUGGCACAACUGGGACGCCUAAAGGUUGUCUGAUCAGCCAUGACAGUGCUAUCCAAGCAAUGAUGUCUUUCAGUCGGAUCUUCGAAGGCCACUGGACUUCUGACUCGCGAUGGCUGCAAUUUGCCUCCUUUCACUUUGACGUUAGCGUGCUCGAGCAGUAUUGGAGCUGGAGUGUCGGGAUUUGCAUGACGACUGCGCCGCGUGACUUGAUCCUCGAGGAUCUUCCAACCUUUCUCAGACAGGCCCAGAUCACACAUCUCGAUUUGACGCCUAGCUUGGCUCGCCUAAUUACGCCGCAAGAUGUGCCAAGUCUGUGUGAGGGUGUGUUCAUUGUAGGUGGUGAACAAGUCAGCCACGAUAUCAUCAACACCUGGGGCGACGCUGGCUGUCUGUACAACUUUUACGGCCCUAGUGAAGUCACUAUCGGCUGCACUGUGCAUCCUCGAGUGCAGAGGGGAAUAAAGCCGACAAACAUCGGACAAUUGUGGGCCAAUGUUGGAGGCAUGGUACUUCAGCCAGGUACCGAAACUCCCGUCAUGCGAGGGGCUGUUGGCGAGCUUUGUCUUUCGGGAGUGCUUGUUGGUAAAGGCUACCUCAACCGGCCACAGCUGACGGACGAGAAAUUUGCAAUCUUGCCCGAUGAAAAACGAAUCUAUCGCACCGGGGACCUCGUUCGAAUGCUCCAUGACGACAGUUUCGAGUUCAUGGGUCGCAUUGACGACCAGGUGAAACUGCGAGGGCAGAGACUGGAGAUCGGUGAGAUCAAUCAAGUCAUCAAGAAUGCCGACGAGCAAAUCACAAACGUUGCGACAAUGGUAUUGAAGCACCCAACUCAAGGCAGAGAACAAUUGAUUGCGUUCUUUACCACUCUCAAGACGCGGCAAACGGCAGAUGGCGUGCACAUUGUGUUCAACAAGGAGUCUUCGGAACUUGCAGACCGCAUCCGCAGGCACUGUAUGGACAAGAUGCCAGGCUAUAUGGUGCCUUCCUCAGUCUGCCUGCUCUCCAGCUUGCCGUUGUCGGCAAACAACAAGGUCGAUACGAAAGUGCUAAAGAAGCUUUACGAAGAGGUCAAUCUUACCGGACAGCAAGUGGAUAGAGACAGCAUCAAGCUGCAACCUGAAGAUGAAGUAGCCUUCAACCAUAUAUCAUCGCUGCUGUCGGAGCACUUUGAUAUUGCGCCCGCAAGCGUCAAUCCAGGCACAAAGCUGUUCGAGCUUGGUAUCGAUUCUGUCUCUGCAAUUGGCUUUGCGCAUUCGCUAAGGAGCGAGGGCUUCCAAGCCGCAAGCAUCCAGGCAGUGCUAAGAAGCCCACUCGUUCUCGACCUAGUGCGUCGCCUGAAGAGCCCCGAACGAGAUGGCAGCGCGAUCGAUCUCAAUGCGGCGAAGAAAGAUAUCAACAACUUUGCGACAAGUAAUCAAACUACCAUCUUGGAGAGUCUCGAGAUUCCUAGCAACGGUAUCGAAAACAUCAGUCCUUGUACGCCGUUGCAGGAGGGCAUGAUCUCGAAAGUAGUCAGCUCCGAUGCAGAGGACACUACCUACUUUGCUCAAUUCGACUUUGAGCUCACCCCAGGCACAGAUAUCGACAAGCUGCGUCAGGCAUGGCGGUCUGUCACAGAACUCACAAGCAUAUUGCGCACGCAUUUUGUGCCAACUGGAGACGGCUGGGCGCAGGUCGUGCUGACAGAAAGCUCCGCGCCGGGCUCGAUUGAUGCCAGCCUUUCUGAAAGUGACAAGAACUUUGAUUCCUGGGUUUCUCAAGCGAAAGCUCUGUCGAAAGUCCGGCCGUGGAAGGUCGUUUUGGAGCGCAACGAGAACUUAUCAACGAUGCAGCUUUUCUUAUUCCAUGGCAUCUAUGAUGGCAUUGCGCUUGACUUAUUGCUCGAGAAAGUGGCGAAGGUCUACACCCAGGAGCACUCGAAGCAGCCAUCGCGAUCAAACUUCUAUGAUGUUUUGCCGUACGGACCGGUGGCCACUCACCAAGGGGCAGAAGAGUUUUGGAGGAAGGCGUUGCCAAAUGUCAGACGACUUAGCUUUGAGAGGGCAAGUCAGCACCACAGAGAAGGCUCAGAAGGGUCACCAUUCACACACCACAAUCACUUAUUGCUGAAACAUCUAGGAAAGCUCUGUGGACAGCUCGAUGUUACACUCCCCGCUAUAUUCCAUGCGGCUUGGCUCGUUUGUCUAGAGCAGCACUUUCAUGCCAACCCAACGCUCGGUCUGGUGGUGUCUGGCCGCGCGAUCCCUCACCCCGGUGCCGAGUACACGAUUGGGCCUAUGUUCAACACCAUCCCUGCCACGAUCGAAGGCUUGAAGAAUGCAACGACUGUGCACGACCUGAUCAAGGCCUGCCACAGCUUCACGGUCGAUGCUUUGCCAUACCAGCACACUGCAUUACGCCAGAUAGCCAAAUUUCUUGGCUUCAAUGCCAACGACGGACUCUUUGACUGCCUAUUUGUCUUCCAACGAGAGCGUACCGAUGCUUAUGAGCAUGGCCUGUGGCAGGCAUUUCCUUCUACCAGCACGCCUGAUUACCCACUAAAUCUCGAAGUCGAGCACAAACGAGAUGGCUCCUUCGCCAUAACACUGGUUGCGAAGAAUACUUGUCUCAUAAAUACGGAAUGCGAAGAGCUGCUUGCCGCUCUCCUCAGCUUGCUCGGGAAGCUUGAUCGUGAUGAAGUCCCUCUGCUCCCUGAGGCAUUCACUUCGCAAGCUCAGCGGUCGCCUUCCGCAGGCAAGUCUUCUCAGGAAAUUGCAGCCUCUGAAGACGACAACGUGUCUGUGUAUAUUUGGACAGCAACGACCGAAAGCGUCCGCUCCGAGCUCUCGGAACUUGCUAGACUUGAUGCUGAUAAUAUCGGAUUCAAUAAGCCUUCAGUCUUUGAGAUGGGCUUAGACAGUAUCGACGUGAUGAAGCUUGCAACAAGACUGAAGAGUGCUGGUUACAAGGUGCCGAUCAGCAGCAUCAUGCGGGCACCGACUGUGGCAGGUAUCGCGGCUGCAAUAGAAAAGACACAGCAGAUCGACGAAGGGGCAUCUUCAGCUAAAUCCUUCUUCGAGGACCGACAACAGCGCUACGGCGCAUUGAUUGCGGGGCAGGGCAUCAACAGAGAUGACAUCGAGUUCGUGCUACCGGUAUCGGCCAUGCAAGAAGGUCUGCUUCUCGACUUCGAGAAAUACUACAACAUCAUGCCCUACGAACUGCUUCCUGAAAUGGAGGUUGAUGUUGUUCUACGAGCCUGGAGGGACGUGGUUGCUUCCCACGCCAUCCUACGCACCAGAUUCAUCGCAGUCGAGGAAGGAGCUCAUCGAACGGUCCUGCUCCAAGCCAUCACCCGAUCAGCAAGGCUGGAGGUUGAAGAGACUCAGCAAGGAGACAUGAGUUCUGCUGUGACGAAGCUCAAGCAGGAGGUAUCUAUGCGUGGGUUCGACAUGCCGAUCAUCAAAUUGAUCGUUGCCGACGAGGGUGGGAAGAAUGUAAUACUCCUUGGCAUGCCACAUGCUGCCUACGAUGGCUGGUCCCUCCAGUUGUUGCAUCAGAAAGUUGCAGCUAGGUACUGGCGGUUGAUGGAGGAGCAGCCGAAUGGCAGCCGAGAUGAUCUUCUAAACUAUCAGGAACACAUGCAAGCAGCAUUAUCUCAAGCCAGCAAUGACUCAACACGACGCUUCUGGACAGAGACUGUGGACGUUGCUCGUCCAACACGCUUGCGACCUUCCUCUCAAGACAGGCAGGAGCGUCCUGCCCAGCUCCUACAGCACUCUUCUAGAGUCAAAGCGGCAGCAGUCCAGAAUUUCUGUCAGAACCAGGCCGUGACGCUGCAAUCUUUGGGAUUAGCCGCGUGGUCCCACCUUAUCGCGCGCUACACAGGUAGUCUAGACGUUUGUUUUGGACUCGUUCUCUCUGGAAGAACUUCCGAAGGCUCCGACACGCUGAUGUUCCCGACUUUCAACACGGUAGUUAUUUGCAGCCACCUUGAUCCUGCCACAACAGUCAGUCAGCUUGUGAAGUCUUUGCACGAUAUCGCACUGGACGUCUCCGGACACCAGCAUUUCCCGCUCAAGGAGAUUUUGAAGCUGGCAAGAGCACGGCACGGUCACUCGGAGCUGUUCAAUACGCUCUUCACGUUCCAGAAGGCACCUGGGCGGGAUUCUGACGUUUCGAAUAUCUACCAAGAGCUCAGUGUUAGUGGAGAGUCUGUGAAUCCCCCAUAUGCGGUCAAUAUCGAGCUCGAGGUUAACGCGGAUCGCCUCACAUGGACACUUGCAAGUCAGAAAGGCAUGUAUGGAUGGGCUGCAGCCAACAACAUUCUGCGGGAACUAGACCAGACGAUGAACAUGCUGAUCACUGCUCCUGAGAAGCCGGUUUUUAGUGAAGGUGAGCAAAGGGCUUUCGAUGAGGCUAAAAGGAGCUCCAUACGCUCACUCUCUCCCAAGGACACAACAGAUGCCCAACAGUACGCUCCCGUAACAAUCACCAGCACCGAAGGGAUCGUGAGAGACGUCCUCGCCGAAGUGUCGAAGACGGAUUCAUCGAAGAUUAAUAAGACAACGAAUCUCUUCAAUCUGGGACUCGACAGCAUCAGCGCUAUCAAACUGGCCAGUACUCUAAAGAAGCAUGGCUUGAAGAUUCCCGUCAGUAAGAUCAUAGAGACACAGACUGUGGAAGGGAUCGCUGCAGCCGCGGAUACACUUGUUUCGCAAUCCGAGGCAAGCACUGAAGAUAGACCCGAAUCGGCACCUACUCUUGGACGAUACUCCCCCCACGAGGAUCUACUUGCAAAGCAUGGCCUCGUUGAAGAUGACGUCGAGGAGAUUCUACCUGCCACUGCCGGGCAACGCUACAUGCUUGAGGCCUGGCGCGCAAGCAACGGCAAGCUCUUCUACGCAAGCUUCUGGCUCGAGGUAUGCGUCUCUCCAGAAGCUCUAAAAGCAGCGCUGUCGAAGCUUGUUGAUAUCUGUCCACUGCUGCGCACUACCUUUGGCGACGAUGGCCGGGAGAUGAUUCAAUUUCAGCUCUCUCCUGCGACCGUUCGAUCAGGCAAGGUAAAACCGCCGUGGAACUACGAGUGGCGGCAACGCGGCGACGACAGCAACGGCCUAUUCGUGACCCUUAGUAUUCACCAUGCCCUGUACGACGCUGUCAGCAUUGCCAUCCUGCUAGAGCAGCUCAAUCAGCUGUGUAGUGGCUUGGUUCCAGCAGUCCAGCACAAUGAUUAUGAUUCCUUCAUCUCUACGACACACUGCCUUUCUCCGCGAGCCAAAACCCGCCAGCGAAACUUCUGGACCUCUUACCUGCGGCCGGCUCAGGGCUCGAUCCUCGACUGCUCAGCGAACGCUCGCUCCGUGGAUGCUGAUGUGCCGCAUAUUGAACGCUUCAUACCCCAGCUCCACGCCAUUGCAGAUCUUGAGCCUCGGCUCCGUACUGAGGGAGUCUCCAUCCAAGCCCUCUUUUUCGCCAUGGUAGGACAAGUCUACGCUUCCACACUCUGCGCUGCUGCUGCGGCCACUACAUCCGCGGAUCAAGCACAUGACUACGAUUACGUGGUUCUGGGGAUCUACCUCUCCAACCGCGGCCUCGAUAUCCCAUACCUACCCACGCUCGCCGCCCCGACAGUCAACAUCGUGUCGCUGCGCGUUGCCAUUGCAGAUGGCGUGGGGAUCUGGGAUGCGGCCAAGGAGGUACAGCGUGAUCUGGCGGAGAUCAGUCGGGCGGAGCACUGUGGUGUUGGGCUGCGGGAGGUGUGGGAGUGGACGGGGGUAAGAGUGGGGUGCGUGGUAAACUGGCUGAGCUUGCCUGGUGGGGAGGAUGCGGAGACGGGUAAGGAGGACCGAUUGGUCUGGCACGCCAGCGAGGAAGUCAGAGCGGAGAUGGCGGCCGGGCAAGGCAGCGAGCCUGUGGUUACAAUUACUGGAGAGCGCGGCCCUGGUCAGGAACAGGAAAAGGAACAGGAGCGCUCGCCGUUCUUGGACGAUGGUGGACGGAAGCCGGAUCCACAGAGCAUCGAGUGGGUGGUUCCGACGGUGGACGUCGAGGCAAAGGUGGAGGAUGGGUACCUUGCCAUGGGCCUGUUUAGUCAUGAGGACCUUCUUGGCGGGGAAGAGGGCGGCCGGGCAUGGUUUGAGGACGUUCGCGGUCGGUUGACACGGGCUGAGGGGAAGGGAAAGGGGAGAGCGUGA